GGGAGAUCGCAAGAAACGCACGGUCCGAUUGGUCAUUCAGAGGCAAGUCGUGACGUCACUGGAACGCCUUCUCGAAGUGCCAUGUCGGUCAUCCAACAGCCUCGAGGGGAAGCGGGCGGCGGCGUGGCCGCCCACCUCCAGUGUCCCCUCUGCGGCAAUUUUGCCAAAAGUCACGCCUAUCAGCUGUCGCACAUCGCCUUCGCCCAUCCCACCUACUUGGACGGCGUGGCGAUGGGUCGCCUCGGCAACGUCGUGAUGUACCAGAGCGGCGUCCAUUUGUUCCAUUGCGCCGAGUGCUUCUUCACCAGCCGCGACUUCAACAAACUCUAUCAGCACAUCAUCGCCAAACACUGCUUGGACGAGGCGGCGGCGGCGGCGGGAGGAGGGGUCGACGCGGAGGACAACGGGAGCGAAAAGGGGGACAAGGAAGCAGACGAGGAAGCGAAGGAAGCAGACGAGGAAGCGAAGGAAGCAGACGAGGAAGCGAAGGAAGCAGAUGAGGAAGUCAAGGAGGAAACGAAGGAAGUCACGAAAGUAGACACGGAUCCGAAGGAAGCCAACGAGGAGGAUGAGGCAACUCCUCCGGGACCCAACGGCGGCGUGGAGGUGAAGGAUGAAGACGGCACCUCUGAGAGGUCGAUCUGCGACGCGGAUGAAAGCGUGUUGCUCUUCGACGGCGACAUGUACCACUGCCUGAUUUGCGGCUGCUGGAAAAACAGGCUGAAAGGUUCGGCCGUCACCCACGUGGUGCGAAAACAUAGCAUCCCCAGGGCAUUCACCUCCCAGAGGAUCAGACUGGAUGACCUCGCUCCAAAUUCCGCCUUUACACCCAAACGGCAUCCGAACGGCGGUGCGGAGGAAGAGGAAGAGGACGGCCUGAGCGCCGACCUUCUGAAAGAAGAAAUGGAGGCGAUGGCCAAAGUGGUCCACUUUCGCUCCAAUCGCUACGUCUGCGUCCUAUGCGGCUGGAAGACCAAAAUGAAAGGUUUUGCCAUCAGUCACGUGGUGCGUUGCCACGCCGUGGAGCGUCCGUACGGCUGCAAAGACUGCACGGCCACGUUCUUCCUGCCCAGCCGACUCCAGCAGCACGUCCGAGCGGCUCACCGGCCGGGACGCUACGCCUGCCCCUUCUGCAGCUUCAGGUCCCACUUCCUGGCUGGCUUCCGGAGGCACUGCAGCCGAUGCACCGCCCGCGAGGAAGGCGAAGGAGGAGUCGGGUUGCUGAUGGGCGAGGAGGGGCGAGGGGCCGUGGUGGUCAAGGAGGAGAGCAAGGAGACCAGGGCAGGCCGGAAGAGAGCGCGGAGGCUGAUUGAAGAGGCGGGGGAUGAAGAUGAGCUCAUGUUCUAACGCGGGGCGAGAAAAGGACUGGACAUAUAGCCCGCCGACAGGCAAAAUUGAUGCAUUACUUAGCCAUCUCUUUUUUUUUUUCUACAAUCAGGUGAUUAAAGUGCAUUUAAUCAUUUUGGAAUCAUUUAUCUCAUUCAAUAAUUGGUUGCAUUUGUGAAGGUAAAGAAAAAAAAAGAAUGGAAUGGAAAUCAAAUGUCAUUCGACAUCACACGUACAGCGCAAUGAAACUCAACGGUUUCAACCCGUCCAAUUGAAUGAAUAAAAAAGAAAAA